UAUUAUUUCAUUCUUGAGAAAAAACCCAUUAAAAAUAUGUCAGUUCGGACAUGGUCAGAUUCAAGAAAACCCUCCUCAUCAAGGUCAACACCCAAUCUUCCACAGCAGUUGCAUAUUGGUGAUAAAGUACAAGUCAAUUCACAUCAUGGAACAAUUAGAUAUAUUGGCGAAACCAAGUUUAAACCUGGUACCUGGGCUGGUAUUGAAUUAGAUAUAGUGGGUUUAGGGAAGAACGAUGGAUCUGUUGAUGGUCAUCGUUACUUUAAUUGUCCACCCAACACUGGAUUGUUUAUCCUAGCCAUCAAAGUCAUCAAAGGGCAACAAUUACACAACAGACCUUCUACACCUCAUCGAUCGAAUUCAACUAAAUUACAAUCAUCUCCUCCUAUACGGCUAUUACCUCCCUUACCGAAAAAGGUAAUAUUAUCUCACCAAGACAAUGAAUUAUCGUUACUCAAAAAGAGAAUUGAUGCGCUAGAAUCAGAAAACAAGAUUCUCAAGGACAUCAAUGCUUCUUCUUCCUCUCGUAUUCUUUUUCUGGAACAAACCGUGAUUGAUGUAAAGAAAGCCGGUAUGGAUAGUAUUGAAAUAUUAGAAUCCAUGGUUCAAUCACAUCAAUCUCAAUUAGCCGUUCAAUCAUCCACCAUACACAACUUACAACUCGAACAAAAUGACCUCAGACUAGCUGGACUAGAAGCCAUUGAAUCUUAUGAAUCUACCCUACAAGAUUUACAAAACCACGAAAUUAAUGCAUCCAGAAAUCAUCAUCAUCAAAUCAAAUUACUGUUACAGGAUAUCAAUCUACUCGAAAACGUGCUCGAAAAUAAAAUGGAGAAACAGCUGGAUCUGGUUAAAUCUCUCAAACGAGAACGACAACUCAACUCUCGAUUGGCUUCCGAGGUUAAAUCUCUCAAAUUUCAACUAAAAAUAAAUAACGAUAACCGCUGGUCUUUUAUGCGUUUGGACACUCCUAUUGAAGAAGAAGAAGAUUCAUCCUGUGCUCUCUGUGAAAAACAAGGUCAUGACCUGAUUCACUGCAGUCUCAUCGUAAACCAUCAACCCUCUUGUCUGUCCUAAUUCUACAUACCUGUACAUAUUCCUUAUUUUUAAAAAAAAAGAACCUUUCAUAAUACGCCCUUGUGUGUAACCUUUCUUAUAUUAAUUACAUUAAAAAAGUAACACGUAUACAUAC